CAGCGAGAGGUCCUCUUCCCCUAAGAUGUGCUCCAGAAGCCUGCCCUCUUGCAGCUGAGAGGAGCCGGGAUCCCAGGCCUGAACCAGUUCCCCCUAAAGGAUGGGUGGGACAUUCUCCCAGCUCAGCUCUGGAAAGGAAGAUGAGAACAAGGCGAUCCUGUCCCCGAAUCCAGCCAGCUACUCUAGCACCCACAGCAGCAAGCCUUUUUGUUCCUGCGGGCCUUAUGAAGGGGUUGGGACUUGUCCCACCUGCCAAGGCAGUGGCAAGAUCCCCCAAGCGCUGGAGAAGCAGCUGGUGGCUCUCAUCCCCUAUGGGGACCAGAGGCUGAAGCCCAGGCACACGAAGCUCUUUGUGUUCCUGGCGGUGCUCAUCUGCCUGGUGACCUCCUCCUCUGUCAUCUUUUUCCUGUUCCCCCGGUCCAUCACUGUGCAACCUGCUGGCAUCAACUCCUCCACGGUGGCCUUUGAUGAGGCUGAUAUCCACCUCAACAUGACGAAUAUCCUGAACAUCUCCAAUAGCAACUACUAUCCCAUCACGGUCACUCAGCUGACCAUCGAGGUUCUGCACCUGUCUCUCGUGGUGGGGCAGGUCUCUGACAGCCUCCUCCUACACAUUGGCCCUUUGGCCAGUGAACAGGUGCUUUAUGCAGUAGCCUGCAGGAUAUGGGAUGAAAACACAUACAAAAUCUGCACCUGGCUGAAAAUUAAAGUCCAUCAUGUGCUUUUGCACAUCCAGGGCACCCUGACUUGUUCCUACCCAAGCCAUACAGAGCAGCUGGUCUUCCAGAACUAUGAAUAUGUGGACUGCCGCGGAAACACAUCAGUGCCCCACCUGCUGAUCCCUCAUCCACCAUGACCUGUCUGCUAUCCCUUGUAUUCUGGGCACCUGCAAGUUGUGUAUCCCACAACUCCACGGUGACCAAGGAAGGACCAUAGUGCUUUGCC